AUGGGCGAGGCCUCUGUUCCGGGGCCAGCAGAGGGCUGCGGGCCGCUGGCGAAGGCGUACUUGCUGGCCUGCGAUUUGGCUGGCUGCGAAGCCAAGCGGCUCGUGUUUGACAGUUUAGCUGCUGCUGAUUUGGCGCAGCAGCAAAACCCUAAAAGAGGGGUUAAAAUAGAAUGCAUUGGGAGCCGCCCCGAGGGUUUUCUGCAGCGGCUAGCCGAGCCCGACCUCGAGCUGCUGCUGCAGGCAGCUAGCUGCUGCAGCGCCAAAGUUGUGCUGCUGAACUUGGCCUUCAACUGGCUGGGCAGCGGCGCUGCUGCAGUGUUUGGGGCGCAGCUGCUGCUGCUGCAGCAGCUGCAGCAGCUGGUGCUGGCGGGGAACUGCAUAGAAGAAGCAGCAGCAGCAAGUUUGUGUCAGCAGCUCCUGCUGCUGCCCCGCCUCAGCUACUUAGACCUCAGCUUCAACCAACUCAAAAGAAAAGGAGGAGAAGCAGCAGCAGCACUUUUGCAAAAGUCCAAAACCCUCAAAACCCUCAAACUCCGAAACACCCAACUCGACCUCCACGCCCUCGUCCACAUCACCACCGCGCUCCAGCAACGCAACCGCAGUCUGGAGACCCUCGAUAUAUCUGAUGUCGAUGUUUCCUUCAAUUCCAUGCACGCCUAUCACCUCGCGGGGGUGGUUCAGCUGGCCUCGAAUUUGCUGCACUUGGAUUUGGGCCGCCAGGCCCUUAGAGAUGACGGAGUUGAAAUUCUUUAUCCUUUUUUGAAGCAAAACAAAACCCUCAGGAGUUUGGGACUCGCAGCAAACGAAAUCUCGUGGCGGGGGGGGCUGUUUCUGGGCCGCUUGCUGUCGGCGAGUCCGCCGCUGCGGUUUCUGGACUUGAACUUCAACAAGUUGGGAGACUGGGGGGCCUCUUGUGUUGCUGCUGGCAUUGAAAGCAACGAUUUGCUGCUGGUGCUGCUGCUGCGCGGCAACGCCAUCAGCAGCAAGGGUCUCGCGCGCCUCCGCGAGGCCCUGGCCCUCAACAGCACUUUGGAGGCCGUAGGGCUGGCCGGAAACCUCUGGACCGAGGCCUGUCUGCGCGAAUUCACACAAACUCGCCCCCACUUCCGCCGCUCUGAGCCCCUUGCCCUCGACUUGGAGCUAAAUGCUGCUGGGCGGCUGCAGACGGACAGGUCUUUGCCUUUUUACAGCCACCAGCAAAGCGCCACGGGCGCCUGCAGCCCCGCAGCAGCAGCAACAGCAGCAGAAGCAGCAGCAGCAGCAGCGGCAGGGGUCGUGGAAACGGACGACGAAGCCGCAGCACAAGAAACCGAAACUGAAACAGAAGCAGCAGCAGCGGGAGUAGACGCAGAAGCAGCGGCAGCAACAGUAGGAACAGCAGCAGCAAAAACAGAAACACCAGCAGCAGUAGCACAGGUAACAGUAGCAGUGGCAGAAACAGAAACAGCAGCAGCAGCAGAAACGGCAGAAGCAGCAAAGCUCCAGUCUCAAACUCUAAAGUUCUGA